AUGGGUCUCUUCACCCUCCUCCUGCCGCUCCUCUUUAUCCUCACGCAGAGCCCGCUUGCGUUCGCCCCCUCGGGCGGCGCCAUCUCGCCGCUGCAGGUGAUCGCCACCACGCUGCGCGAGAACCAGGACCAGCCGCUCGGCGACAGCGCCAAGACGGCGCUGCGGGCGGUGCUCUUCCCAGGCAACCUGCUCCGCGCGGCGCUCUCCUCCGCUCCGGUGGUGGCCGACGGGCCGCCGCUCGACACGGCCGACCUCUGGGAGCGCUCGCUCGAGCUGGCGACGGCUCGCACCUCCGCGUACAAGUCGUUUGAUCACCAGGAGCUGCUCGCGGCGGGCUCGUGGUGCGUCGUGUUUGGUUGCGUGCUCUCGCUCGUGCUGCGGCGGCCGCACGUGCUCCUCCUCUUCGGGAUCGCCAUGCUCGGCGCAUUCUUCGCACUCAACGGCACAGAUGCCGCCCACCACUCCCCGCCGGGGCUCAUGCUCACGGCUCCUUCGGCGGCGAUAGGUCUGAUGCCGACAGUCCAGUUCGCCCUCUGCCUCGCGCUGCCAGUCACCGACCUCUCGCGCGCUCUGACGCAGCCGCAGCCGGCCGUGGCCGCAGCCGGGCCGGCGGCGGCGGCCCGUCCCAAGCGGGACUAA